UUCAAAGGAAGCAAAAUAAGGGAUGGGAUCGAUAGACACGUCAACGAGGGCAGAAAGCGGGUCGGACCCAAUCCCAACCCCUAAUGGCACCACCAAUGGGCUGCACGCUGGUGAAGAUUCCGUCCAGACGCCGGCCGUGGACUCCACCGGAGCUUCGGCAGAGAACGAAUCCUUGAGGAAGAGGAGAGGUAGUGGUGUCCUACCCCUCGAGGUGGGUACUCGAGUAAUGUGCCGCUGGAGAGACGGCAAGUAUCAUCCUGUUAAGGUCAUUGAACGCCGGAAAUUUCCAUGCGGCGGUGUUAAUGACUACGAAUACUAUGUUCAUUACACUGAAUUCAACCGGAGACUUGAUGAGUGGGUUAAACUUGAACAACUUGAUCUUAAUUCAGUAGAGACCGUUGUGGAUGAGAAGGUCGAGGACAAGGUGACAAGUUUAAAAAUGACUCGCCACCAGAAACGGAAAAUUGACGAGACUCAUGUCGAGGGCCAUGAGGAGCUUGAUGCUGCUAGUUUGCGAGAGCAUGAAGAAUUCACAAAAGUUAAGAACAUUGCUACAAUAGAACUUGGAAGAUAUGAGAUUGAAACGUGGUACUUCUCCCCAUUUCCUCCAGAAUACAAUGACUGUUCGAAACUGUUCUUUUGUGAGUUUUGUCUCAAUUUUAUGAAGCGCAAAGAACAGCUUCAGAGGCACAUGAGAAAAUGCGAUCUUAAACAUCCCCCAGGUGAUGAGAUCUACAGAAGUGGUACAUUGUCAAUGUUUGAGGUUGAUGGAAAAAAGAACAAGGUUUAUGGACAAAAUCUAUGCUACUUGGCCAAAUUGUUUCUUGAUCACAAGACUCUGUAUUAUGAUGUUGACCUGUUCCUCUUUUACGUGCUUUGUGAAUGUGACGACCGAGGUUGUCAUAUGGUUGGUUACUUUUCAAAGGAAAAGCAUUCAGAAGAGUCCUAUAACUUAGCCUGCAUUUUGACGCUUCCACCUUAUCAGAGGAAAGGAUAUGGGAAAUUCCUAAUUGCAUUCUCAUAUGAACUUUCAAAGAAAGAAGGUAAAGUGGGCACUCCAGAAAGGCCACUUUCCGACUUGGGAAUGUUGAGCUAUAGGGGUUACUGGACGCGUGUGCUUCUGGAUAUAUUGAAAAAGCACAAGGGCAAUAUAUCUAUCAAGGAACUAAGUGACAUGACAGCCAUCAAGGCAGAAGAUAUUUUGUCCACCCUUCAGGGUUUAGAGUUGAUCCAAUAUCGAAAGGGGCAGCAUGUCAUCUGCGCAGACCCGAAAGUCUUAGAUCGUCAUCUCAAAGCUGCUGGGCGGGGUGGCCUGGAAGUUGAUGUCAGCAAAUUGAUAUGGACUCCGUACAAGGAGCAAAACUGAGUAUGUAUGUAUUAUUUGAUGUUCUUUGUAUAUAAAGAAAAUUAGCUGCUUGGGAUGCCCACUGAUCUUUAGCAGUAGGUGUAGAUCCAAGAUGUUAGAUUUAGAGAAUCUGAUCUUACUUUAUAAAGGCAUGUACAACUAUGACGAUAGUAGUUCUGUUCAAAUCAGAAUACAGAUUAUGAACUUUGAAACCCCAUAGAAGGGCUAGCGUGCAAUGACAUGUUCUUGUAGAGGCAAUCUCUUUCAGUUCUGCUUGUUGCUUUUCAUUUU